GUAUAAAUAUAUAUAUGUAGAGAGAGAGAGAGAGAGAGAGAAAAAGAGAGUCAGGGUAGGGAGGUCUGUACGGAACGUAACCAAAAAAAGCAGUGUCACAACUCACCAAGACAACUAGUCAAGAAGCGCCAUUUUGCUACUUCUUGCUUUUGGGUUUUGGGAAACUAGGGCUACCUUCUUAUUUCUUUAAAGGGUUCUCUCAAAAAUUUGUUUUUGAUUUUCUCUUGGGAGGGAGAGAGACUCACGAAUUGUUACAAAAAUGUUGAACGGGGGUACACCUUCGGUUCCUAUUACCAACAUCAGCACCGAAAAGAUUCAGAUGUGCUUAGAGGAGAAUCAACAGUUGAUUCUAGCUAUAAUGGAGAAUCAAAAUCAGGGAAAAUUCAACGAAUGUGUCCCGUAUCGAACUAAACUUCAGCAGAACUUGACAUUUCUGAGCAAUCUUGCUGAUGUUCUACAACACCAACCAGAGGUGUCUCCUCCUCAACCUCAAAUGCAAGCUCAGUCAACAAUGCAACAAUUUCAGCAUCCUCCUCAAGCAGCAAUGUCUCAACAGCAAGCAGCUUCCUCCUCUCCAAGGCUACUGAAUAAUGACCAUCAUCAGCAGCAGCAUCAACAGCAGCAGCAUCAGCAUCAGCAGCAGCAGCAGCAUCAACAGCAACAGCAGCAGCAGCAUCACCAACAGCAACAGCAACAGCAGCAUCAGCAACAGCAUCAGCAUCAGCAUCAACAGCAGCAGCAUCAUCAACAGCAACAGCAUCAACAGCAACAGCAGCAGCAUCAACAGCAGCAGCAUCAACAGCAACAGCAGCAGCCAUUUUUCCUCCAUCAACAGCAGUUCAACCAAGUUCAGAAGGCCAUGCAAAUGGGAGCAGGAAUGGGAAACAGUCAAGAGGGCUUAGGGGCUAGUCGUGCCGGGAAUUUUCUAGGAAAACCGGGUGUUGGGAACGAUGGCACCAGUAAUUUUCUAGGGAAGUCUUUUGGGUACAAUCAUGGUGGAGAAUGAGUAGGAGUGUCAAUUGAAAAUACCAUGACAUACACAGUUUAUACUAGUUUCAUCAACUACGCUAUUUGUAUUCUUGUAAGGAAGAUAACAUUCGACUUGAAUUGAUAAGUAGUCAUCUAAUUGGUUCGUUUGAUUUUUAUUUUUAAA